CCCGCCGAGAGCAGUCAAGCUCGGCUAUCCCUCUUCAAUUUGUGACGUCCCUGAACUGAGGUCAUCGCCCCGCGCUGGUGGAAGUCAAGGUUGGGGGACUUAGAGGGCCUCAUGGAGCCCAGAGGGACCAAGCGGGGAGCUGCCGAGACAGAGGUAGCUGCGCCUCGGAGCAAACUGCACAGUACAGCGCCCUCCCUGCCCACGGAGCCUGCCCUCUACUCUGGACCCUUCCCCUUCUACCAGCGCCCUUCUGAACUUGGCUGCUUCUCCCUGGACGCACAGCGUCAGUACCACGGAGACGCCAGAGCCCUCCGCUACUACAGCCCGCCCCCCACCAACGGCCCGGGCCCCAACUUCGACCUCAGAGAUGGAUACCCCGAUCGGUACCGUCCCCGGGAUGAGGAGGUCCGAGAGGGGCUGGACCACUUGCUGCGCUGGCUUCUGGAACACCGGGGCCAGCUGGAGGGGGGUCCCAGCUGGCUGGCAGGGGCCGUAGUGACGUGGAGGGGGCAUAUGACGAAGUUGCUGACCACGCCGUACGAGCGGCAGGAGGGCUGGCAGCUGGCGGCCUCGCGGUUCCAGGGCACGCUGUACCUGAGUGAAGUGGAGACGCCAGCCGCUCGGGCUCGGAGGCUUGCUGAGCCCCCGCUCCUCCGGGAGCUCAAGUACAUGGGGUACAAGUUUGAGCAGUACAUGUGCGCAGACAAACCCGGAAGCUCCCCAGACCCUUCCGGGGAGGUUAACACCAACGUGGCCUUCUGCUCUGUGCUACGCAGCCGCCUGGGAAACCACCCUCUGCUCUUCUCGGGGGAGGUGGACUGCACAGACCCCCACGCCCCAUCCUCACAGCCCCCCACCUGCUAUGUGGAGCUCAAGACAUCCAAGGAGAUGCACAGCCCUGGCCAGUGGAGGGGCUUCUACAGACACAAGCUCCUGAAGUGGUGGGCUCAGUCCUUCCUCCCAGGGGUCCCGAAUGUCGUUGCCGGCUUCCGGAACCCAGAGGGUUUCAUCUGUUCCCUCAAAACCUUUCCUACCAUGGAGAUGUUUGAACACGUCAGGAACGACCGCAAUGGCUGGAAUCCCUCCGUGUGCAUGAACUUCUGUGCCGCCUUCCUGAGCUUUGCCCAGAGCACAGUUGUCCAGGAUGACCCCAGGCUCGUCCACCUCUUCUCCUGGGAGCCCCGCGGCCCAGUCACCGUGUCUGUACAUCGAGAUGCACCUUAUGCCUUCCUGCCCACAUGGUACGUGGAAGCCAUGACCCCAGACCUGCCGUCACCCCCCAAGACGCCGUCCCCCAAGGACUGAUGCUGCAGAGGAGCUGAUGGUGUCUCUGCACGGAAAAUAAACAUGUGUUUCUAAGUGUUC